AGAAAAAGAGAGAGAGACAUUUUUAUUUUGGUACGUCAAUUGACAUCAAUAAGGUCAAUAUAAUAAUAAACAAUUAUUUAGACAAAAAAUAAAAUAAAUAAACAUUAUAAGUUUGUUAUUUAAAAAUGGGAGGAAAAGUUGGACAUCGUGAUGUUGGUCCACUUAUUCAAAUAUUCAGAGAUUUAGUUCGUGGAAGAAAAUUUGUUCCUCAUCUGAGAUUUGCUGAUGAUCUUUCAUCUCGUACUCAGCCUCCACCAAAAAUACCAGGUGGACCCUUUCACAAGACAUCGAAAGUAUAUUAUCAUACUCGAGAUGCAAGACGUCUUGUUGAACCACCAACAAUUAUUGCCAUGAACAAACAAUUAUCUGAUGGAUCUGCUGUGUCAGCAAAUGUUAAACCAAUAACACCAAAUGAUGUUUAUCAUGGUAAAUUAAUACCACCACCAGAACCAAUUUAUCCUGAUCAAGUUGGACAGUCUAUAUUUCAGAAAUAAAUAAUAUGAACAAAACAAUGACAUAAGUAGAAAAAUAUAUAUAUAUACCUAUAAUUGGCCAAUUGUUGUAAAUAUAAAUAAUAAAUGGAUAAU